AUGAUUAUUGCAAAUUUGCUCACAAAUGCUGGUGCUCGCAGUCAAUUCUGGCUGCAGACUGAACUUAUUCAAUUACUGGCGGAAAAUAUAACAGUAAACUCCGAUAUGUCCCUUCUCUGCGGUGCUAUUCUUGUGGCGGUCAAUAUUCUUGAUGCGCCAGAACUUUUAGCUACCACUGUAGGUGGUGAUUCUCCUGGGGAACUUUUUACUCAAAUUCUAUCUCUCCUCCUCUUCGACAAUUUUCGAUCCCAUCGUAGUAGCUACAAACAACCUUCAUCCUCAUCCUGGUGUCGUCAUUCUGCUCAUUCCUCCUCAAGUCGCCGUUACCAUCGUGCAAUUACUAAUGUCACAACCAAUACCGUCUCAUCCACACCCCCACGUCAAUCUCCAGAACCAAUGGAAACUAUUGACUCUCUCACUGUGGCCGAGGUAGCACCUCAAGAAAAGGCUCUUUUGCGUCUUAUCUCCGCCUUUCUCGAUCUCUUCCACACUUACUCUGAUUCGUCAUCAAUAGCUACUCAUAUUGGUGGAAGUAGUAUGACCAGGCAGAUGUUCAAGGAGGUAUGGGAUUGGCAAUAUCAAUGCGGACGGGGUAAUGGGGCUGAUUCAGAUGAUGAACAACAACAGCAACUGUUUUCGUCAGGUUCUCGAAGGCGAUGCAAGAGGUUCGCUAUUGCGACCGCAUCUACCCCCUCGACUUCACAUUAUCGAUCGAUUGGAAGCCCAGUACUACUUGUGAGACGACAGGAGGAAGCUAAAACUGUGAUGGAGAGGUGCCUCGCAGACCCUGGAGGUGGGCUAAAGGCUUUUCUAACUGGUUUGAUGAAGAAGUUGAAUGAAGAUAAUGAUGAGGAGGAAGGGGAUGAUAACUAUGAAGGAGAACAAAGUUCGAGGUCACAGUCAGGAGGUGUCGAUAAAGAUAGAGAAGAAGAGGAGUCAGAGAAUCCCAGUUGUGAUGUUUCCGGGGUGUCGGGUGAACAGGAAGGGGGAAACGAAGACGAUUAUGAAGAUAAUUGA